AUUGGGUGCAGCCUCCUCUAUUGUCCCGCCCCCUGCUCGUCAGGAUUCGAGUUUGAGAGGCAGGGGCAACCCGAAACGGCGAGGCCUCGGCGGGCGAGCAUCCUAGACAGUCGCGCCGCCGGGAGGAGGCAAGGUGGGGGCGGGGCUCCCGUGGCCGAGGUCCGCCGUGGAGGCGCGCAGCCGGCGUGCCGCUCUCUUCGGGGUCUGCGGAGGGGUCUAGUGAUAUCCUGAGAGAAGAUGGGAAAGGGCUGCAAGGUUGUGGUUUGUGGCUUGCUAUCUGUGGGGAAAACAGCAAUUUUGGAGCAGCUCCUUUAUGGGAAUCAUACUAUUGGAAUGGAAGAUUGUGAAACAAUGGAAGAUGUGUAUAUGGCUUCAGUGGAAACGGAUCGGGGAGUAAAGGAACAGUUACAUCUUUAUGAUACCAGAGGCCUACAGGAAGGUGUGGAGCUGCCAAAGCAUUAUUUUUCAUUUGCUGAUGGCUUUGUUCUUGUGUACAGUGUGAAUAACCUUGAAUCCUUUCAAAGAGUGGAGCUUCUGAAAAAAGAAAUUGAUAAAUUCAAAGACAAAAAAGAGGUAGCAAUUGUUGUAUUAGGAAACAAAAUCGACCUUUCUGAGCAGAGGCAAGUGGACGCUGAAGUGGCACAGCAAUGGGCAAAAAGUGAGAAAGUGCGACUGUGGGAGGUAACAGUUACAGAUCGGAAAACUCUGAUUGAACCAUUCACUCUGUUAGCCAGCAAACUUUCCCAGCCCCAGAGCAAAUCGAGCUUUCCUUUGCCUGGGAGGAAAAACAAAGGGAACUCUAACUCUGAGAACUAAAAAUCAGUAAUGCCACAAUUGUUUCUUGAAUAGUGAUUGCCUUUAAGUGUCUGUGAACAUAUUUAAAAUAGGCCAUUCGUAUCUAUCUUUGGUCCUUAGGAAACCCCUAAGGAAGUAAUUUAAUACACUUUAGGUUAUAAUUAAAUUAUUUGGGCUGAGUUUAUUAUUAUUGCCUGAUAUGAAAUGAGAUAAUAUAUUUGCAUUCUCAUUGUUUGAAACUUGUCCCUGAAAUUAGCACCUUUGUUAUUUAUACUUGUUGGACUUGUCAAAGCAGUAAAAAUAAAGUUGGGCUAGUAUGCAAAUGUACCUAUGAGUAGCUUCCCCCUGGUUUAACUUGUUUCACAAGUUAUUAUUCUGUGUAACUUUAUGCAAACUUCUUAGCUCAAACAUAAAGUUUAUUAAUCGUCUCAUGUUUAGGAUUAUAAAAUGACGUUUUUUGUAUGUCCAAGUUAGAUCACAAACUAACAAUUUGGAUACUAAGUAAGCUGAAUUUUAUCUUGUGGAGAUCUUGCUAAAUGGAACAAAACCUGUGGUUUAACUUUGUUCAAAUUAUAUGUUUAGCAUGACUUGAGCCUGUAGCUGGUGUAAAUACGUUCAAACUGUUUCUUCUUUAGAAAAUUGCUAAGCACUUAAGGACAGUAAAGCUUCCAUUUUCCACAAGGAAUCCUAUACCUUCUGGAAUAGUUUUCUGGAUACGUAGUUAUGUGGAAUAAAAAAUGUAUCAUAAAAAUACUGGACUAUAGGCAGUCUUCAAGUUAGAUAUCUGAGUUUGUGCUAUGGUUCUUUGCAGAUUUUGGCAAGAUGUGAGCAAUGGGGCUAACUGUAUUUAGCAAGUUGACAAUACUGCAACUAUUUUAAAAGUAGGCAACAAGCUACUUAGUGGUUUCAGUCGUGAAAGCAGUUAACUAUAUAAAUCAGCUAGUGCUACUACCGUAUAAUUCUUUAAAAUUUCUCAUCACAAAUAUAUAUUUUUGGUCAAAAAAAUUAUCACUCAGAUAUGAUUAAGUCAUUCCCUGCCUUCUCUCCCAAUCAGUGAGUGCCGAUCUUUUAGCUUUCUUCCUAUGUAUUUUGGAUAAAUACUUCUACAAUUAUUUUUAAAUAAGCAAUGUACUAGAUCAUCCUGCAGUUUGCUUUUUCUACUCAACGCAACUUAGAUCUCUGUUAGUAUUCAGUUACCAUAUUCUUUUUAAAUGCUUAAUGAAUGUAUGUGUACCGUUACCCUUUGCACCUGGGUGAGUUUCUCUGGAGGAGAUAGAAAGAAACAGAACUGCUGGGUUAUAGGAUGUGUACACCUAGAUCCUGCCACAUUGCCCUCUAAUGUGGCUGUACUAAUUGAUCCAUGAGAGAACCCAUUUCUCGUGAACUUGCUACCACAGCAUGUGCAAGUUACAAAAUGCUUUUAAAAAGAUGCAGUAGAGUUCAUCUUGGAAAGAUGAGGGGUUAGAUAGUCUAACCUUUUCUAAGACACCUGAAAAGAUUCGUCCUACAAAGCUUUGUAUAAAUUAGAGUAAUGUACCAAUCCUGACCUAGGUGCCUGAUAAUGGAUAGGAAUUUAUUUAGUCUGCGUUAACUUCUAGGUUGUUUUGGUAGCAGCUAUCUAUCAAAUUCAGAAGAACGAAUCUGCAAACUACAAACAAAUGCAAAAGAAAGUAAAUUAAUACAACAGUUGUUAGAUGGUUGUUUUAAUGUUGUUUAUUAGCACAGUAACAAAUGCAGACUUAAGUAGUCCACAACAUAUAACCAAUCCACUGAGCAACUCCUAUUCCACGCCUUACAGUUAACAGCUUAAGGUAUUUUACUACAGGCUUUCCAAGUCCUGAUUUAAACCUCUGACCUUUUCACAAUGAAGUAGAUUGGCAUAUAAAAUAAAAUACAUAACUACUCAUUUCCUAUAGGGUGUCUUAUAGUCAUGUGUCCAUUUUACAUAUAUGAGAUGACAGUCUCUAAAAAGCUGUUAAAUAUCAAUGUUCCCUUCCAAGAAGGGGAAACAAAUUCCAAUUCUUUAAAACAAAAA